GGCGGGCGCCUCCGGCUGAGGGAGCGGGACAGACGGAGCGGCGGCGGCUUCCAGCUCACGAUCGUGUCCCCGCCUCACCCCCACCUCCACGGGGGGACACGAAGAUAAAUAUGAGUGAAGGGGACCCGAUGGGAACGGACUCGGCCCGAAACAGCGCCCCGCGAGGGAAUCUGGAGGCUUAACCACCCCCCACCAACCGGGCUGGGAACUUUGACCCCCAGCCUGUGACCCCUCUCUGACCUCAGGCUUUAACUCUCUGUCUGCCCAAGUCUGUGAGCCCUAUUUUCUGAUCCCUAACUUGACUAUCUGUCCAUCCCUGACCACUAGCUUGUGACCCCCUUUCCUGACUCCUAGCCUGUGACCCCCACCCCGCUGCCCCAGACUUUGACUCCUCUGCCCCAGUCUGUGACCCUUCUCUGCUCCCCAGCUUCUGAACGCCCCCUUCUCUGGUUUCUAGCUUGUGACCCCCGUCACUCUGUCCCCAGCCUAUGACUCCCCCAUCCUCCAGAGCCUAGGACCCUGCUUGCGGCACUUGCUCCUCUUGUCCCCAUCACUCUCAAUUGUAAAAGAGUAUAUAUUUUUGUAUUUUUUUUAUUGUUUGGACCUGGAGUGGGUUAAUUUAUGGGGCAACAACCAGGCAAAGUUCUUGCGGACCAAAGAAGGCCGACUCUGCCUGCGCUGCACUUUAUCAAAGGAGGAAGGAGAGAGGCAGCCAAACAUGGAGCUCAGCAUUUCAAUGUAUUUGUGGAGCACGAAGCCCUGCACCGUCCAGACUUUGAGUCACAGGGCCUGAAUGAGGCUGCCCGGUGGAACUCCAAAGAGAACUUGCUUGCUUGUCCUAGUGAAAAUGACCCCAACCUCUUCGUUGCACUGUACGACUUUGUUGCCAGCGGGGACAAUACGCUCAGCAUAACCAAAGGUGAAAAGCUUCGUGUUUUGGGUUACAACCACAAUGGAGAAUGGUGCGAGGCUCAGACAAAAAAUGGUCAGGGCUGGGUUCCCAGCAACUAUAUUACACCCGUUAACAGUCUAGAGAAACACUCCUGGUACCAUGGGCCAGUGUCGCGCAAUGCUGCAGAGUACCUCCUCAGCAGUGGCAUCAAUGGGAGUUUUCUGGUGCGAGAGAGUGAAAGUAGCCCCGGACAAAGAUCCAUAUCACUUCGUUAUGAAGGAAGGGUAUACCACUACAGGAUAAACACUGCGUCUGAUGGAAAGCUGUACGUAUCUUCAGAGAGCCGUUUCAACACCUUGGCAGAGCUUGUUCACCACCACUCGACAGUGGCCGAUGGACUUAUCACCACCCUACACUACCCAGCUCCCAAACGUAACAAACCCACGAUUUACGGAGUCUCUCCUAAUUACGAUAAAUGGGAGAUUGAGCGAACAGACAUUACAAUGAAACACAAGCUGGGUGGAGGACAGUAUGGUGAGGUGUACGAGGGAGUGUGGAAGAAAUACAAUCUCACUGUGGCAGUGAAGACACUGAAGGAAGAUACAAUGGAAGUGGAAGAAUUCUUGAAAGAGGCAGCAGUUAUGAAGGAAAUUAAGCAUCCGAAUCUGGUACAGCUGCUAGGUGUAUGUACCCGAGAACCUCCAUUUUACAUCAUCACAGAGUUUAUGACUCACGGUAACCUCCUGGAUUACCUGCGUGAUUGCAACAAGGAGGAGGUAAAUGCUGUUGUGCUGCUAUACAUGGCAACUCAGAUCUCCUCUGCAAUGGAAUAUUUGGAGAAGAAAAAUUUCAUUCACAGGGAUCUUGCCGCUAGGAACUGCCUUGUAGGGGAGAACCACUUGGUGAAAGUGGCUGAUUUUGGGUUAAGUAGAUUGAUGACGGGAGACACAUACACAGCACAUGCUGGGGCAAAAUUUCCCAUUAAAUGGACUGCUCCAGAGAGUUUGGCCUACAACAAAUUUUCAAUCAAAUCCGAUGUGUGGGCCUUUGGCGUUCUCCUGUGGGAGAUUGCAACCUACGGCAUGUCCCCUUACCCUGGAAUUGACCUUUCACAAGUUUAUGACCUGUUGGAAAAGGAUUACAGGAUGGAGCGGCCUGAGGGUUGUCCGGAGAAAGUCUAUGAGCUGAUGCGAGCAUGUUGGAAGUGGAACCCAGGGGACCGGCCAUCAUUUGCAGAUAUCCAUCAAGCUUUUGAUACAAUGUUCCAAGAAUCCAGCAUUUCAGAAGAGGUCGAGAAAGAACUGGGAAAGAAAGGAGGGAAAUGCUGUGGCAGCAACAAGCCCCAGGCACCUGAACUGCCAACCAAAACACGCACUCCUCGCAGAACAACCGAGAGCAAAGAGCCAACUGAAGUCCAGGAGGCAUCACAUUCAAAAUUGAAAGUCCUGAGCCAACAUGAUUCUGGGGACCAUGAGAUGGCCAUUUCUCCUAUGCUGCCACGCAAGGACAGAGAUCCGGACAGCAACUUGGACGAUGACCGUUUGCAGUCUUUCACCAAGGAGAAAGGCAAAUCCAGUUCCAUCUUCAGCUCCUUCAUCAAAAAAAAGAAGAAGACUGCACCUGCCCCUCCCAAACGCAGCAGCUCUUUCCGUGACAUGGAUGGGCAGUCGGAAAGAAAGGGAGAAGCGGCAGAGGACACCAGCACAACUGGUAAAGAUGCAAACAACGGAGCCUUUGUCAAUAGCGUGGCACCUCUUGAUACGGUCGACCCAAGCAAAUUGCAGCACUCAUUUAGCACUGGGGCACAAAAUGCCAACAAUGGAGGUGGUGGAGUCGCCAAUGGAAGCUUCUUAGGAACAGCUGGGUUCUUCUCUCCGCACUUGAAGAAGUCCAGCACGUUAGCCUCGGCCAAAGCUGUGGGGAAUGAGGAGGAACCCAUCUCCAACUCCAAGCGCUUCAUGAGAUCUUGUUCUGCAUCCUCAAUGCCCCCGGGCAGCAAAGAGAUGGAGAGGAAAGCCCUAACGUUGCCCCGGGACCUCCAGUCUGUUGGGAAGCAAACUGAGUCUGCUCUGGCCUCGGGUUGCGACAGGAAUGAGAAGCCAGCAUUGCCUCGGAAGAGGACGAAUGAGACUAAAGGGGACAUGGUUCCUCGGGGAAGCCUGACUGCUCCUCCUCGGCUGCCGAAAAAGACAGAUGAGUUAAAUGACGAUGUUUUUGGUAACCUGGAGUCUAGUCCGAGCUCGAGCCCACCGGCAUCGACUCCAAAGCUUGUCCGUAAGCAGGCAACUGCCAUUGUGUCCAGCAGUUCUGGCCUCAAGGACAAAGAUGAGGGUGGGAAGAUUUGUGCCUUAAAUUCUCCUUCCCCACAGGAGCACAUUUCCUCUGGCCUGGCUCCUCCUGCACUGAAGCAGAGCUCCACCUCAUUUCUUGGGGGGGUGAACCUGCUUACUGAGGACUCGAGGGCCCGAAGGUUCAAGCAGGCUUCUGAGCAGCUGCUGUCUGCUCCUGUCAGGGACCGUGGCAAGAUGCAGAAAUCCAAACCAGCUCCCCCUCCUCCGCCGGCUACAAAAUCCACUAGGCCGCCUCGGAGUCCGACCCACGAGACUGCAGGUGAGACUGCUGUGGGCAUCAAGCCCAAGCUGGUCAUGGACAUUUUGAGUGGUGAGACCGUGAAGACCUCCCUGCCGGGGGACGCAGUUAAAAGGCCUGCCCUCCACUCUGCACCAAAGCCCCAGUCCUCAACAAGGCCAUCAGCCACCUCCUCAUCCUCUGCUCAGCCUGCCUUGCCAAACCCAAGUGCCGAGCAGCAAACCUCCAGCGCUACGGCCUUCAUCCCCCUCAUCUCCACUAGAGUCUCCCUGCGCAAAACGCGGCUGCAGCCAGAGAGGAUGGCCAGUGCCAACAUCACCAAGGACACCGUCUUGGAAAGCACCGAGGCACUGCGUGUGGCUAUCGACAAGAACUCGGAGCAGAUGGCCAGCCACAGCGCGGUGCUAGAGGCGGCCAAGAACCUCUACACCUUCUGCACCAGCUACGUGGACUCCAUCCAGCAGAUGCGCAAUAAGUUUGCCUUCAGGGAGGCCAUCAACAAGCUGGAAAGCAACCUCCGUCAGCUCCAGAUCUGCUCGGCUAGCCAAGACUUUACCAAACUGCUCUUGUCUGUGAAAGAAAUCAGUGACAUCGUCCAGAGGUAG